UGUGUGUGUACUCGGCACCGGCGCCAGUUGGUAGACAAAGUGCGAUAAAACCAUUAAGAUAAUAGGCACACGGGCAGUAAGCUCUCGACUCCCAGAUGGGACGGACCCUUGGAGGCUCCCGCGCUCCUGGUAGCUAGUGACGCCGCUCACACUGUGGCGGCGGGCUUGACGCACUCUUAGCGCCUGACGCAGUGGUCGUGUUAGACGUGACGCAGUGGUGGAGACUGACACUGCAGUGGUGGGGACGGAUCUCAUGUGCUGUGAUAUCUGAGUGUUGUCGACCAGGACGCCACAGACAUGGCCAGCGACUCUGAGCUCGGGGUGGGCGCGGGCGUGGAGGGUCUGGCCGCCCACGCCUCCCUCUACCGGGACCCACGCCUCUAUGACCCGAGGACUCACCUCGAACAACCCACCUUCGACCAGACGGACGCUGGCAAAAUGUUAGCAGACAGAAUAUUUUUUGAUAAGUCGUUAUCGGAGCGUCAUUUGUGCGCGCCAUCGGAGAGACACGUGGUGGAGCGGCCGUAUCCGGACCGUCAUUACCUGGACCGCUCCUUUUUGGAAAGACUGGGGCUUGACCGCCAGCUGCCCGAGCGGUUCGGGAUGGAGAGGGCUCAAGAGGGGCGGGAAACGGGCGUGUUGGACCGCUCGGUGCUGGAGAGAUCCCUGAUGGAGAGGUCAGCGCUGGAGAGACACGUGCACGAGCGCGCCCAAGCAGCACGUGCGCUUUUCGACAGACACGUGCAACAACAGCAGCAACAGCGCGGGGCGCACUUCUUCCUGUCGCCGCAGGUGCCCUCGCCGCCCCCGCCUGUUCUCGACACGUGCCAGCAGGAGGCGAGGCUGGGCGGCGCUGCCGACCACCUGGGCGACCAGGCCAUGAUGAUGGAGGAGGACGGCGACCAGCACCAGCAGGAGGAGGACGACGAGGUGAAGGACCUGCUGCCGUGUGAGGCGGGAGGCGGGCCGGAGGAGGCACAGCAGGAGGCGCAGCUGGAGGAGAAGGUGCAGGUGGAGCCUCCAGAAGAGACGAGCUCCAUGCCGGAGGCGAGCAGCCCGCCCCCGGCCUCGCCACAGGGGGACGGGCGGGAGGGCGGGGAUGAGGACGGGGAGAAGCAGGGCGGGCUGGUCAAGCCGCCUUACUCCUACAUCGCCCUCAUCACCAUGUCCAUCCUACAGGCGCCGAAGAAGCGGGUGACGCUGAGCGAGAUCUGCGAGUUCAUCAUGAACCGGUUCCCGUACUACAAGGCCAAGUUCCCCGCCUGGCAGAACUCCAUCCGGCACAACCUCUCCCUCAACGACUGCUUCGUCAAGGUGCCACGAGAGCCUGGCAACCCCGGCAAGGGCAACUACUGGACGCUGGACCCGGGUGCCAUAGAUAUGUUCGACAACGGUUCCUUCCUGCGGCGCCGCAAGCGGUACAAGCGGCAGCCUGCACCGGACUUCUUCAGCGACCCGCACGUCUUCUCGCUCUUCACGUCGGGGAUGCUGGAUCCCUUCCAGCAGCAGCAGCUGCAGCAGGCGGCGGCGCUGCUGGGGCCGCACCACCCCAUCCUGCAGCGGCCGCCCCUCACCCACUCCCUGCUUCCCCCGCCGCCCUACCUCCCGCACCUGGGCGGCCUGCCGCUGGGCCUCCCGCACCUGGAGCUGGCUCGCCAGGUGCGCCCCCUUCUGCCUCUCCAGCAGGCCAACACCCACCUCCUCCACCCGACGCCCGUUAAGCCCCUGGCGCUCCCGGCGGGCCUGCCACACCCGGGGGUGCCGACGCCCCUCAGGUCCCCCUGCGGCCCCUCCCUGCAGCAGCCUUCUUCCCCUCCGUCGCCUUCAGCCCUCACCCAGCACCCGGCGCCCCGCACACACAAGCCCUUCACCAUCGACUCUCUCAUCGGCCGCGAUGAUAAUAAUGUGGGGGACGGAGGGGGUGACUCCCCCCGUUCGGUGAGCCCCCCUCUGGCGUCGCCGCACGGACUGGCGGCCCUUCCCCCGUCCCCCCUCCACGCCUUCGGCAGGUCGCCCGCCUCGCCCUACCACGUCCCCGCCUCCCUCCAGUCGGCGGCGCCGCCAGCAGCCGCCCUCUCCUACACCACAGUAGGCCUCCAGGACACCGACCACCGCCCCUUUCUCCACGCUGCCCUCCUCCACUCCAUGGCCCAGUGAGCUGCCCUCCUCCACUCCAUGGCCCAGUGAGCUGCCCUCCUCCACUCCAUGGUCCAGUGAGCUGCCCUCCACUGCUUACACUUCACAAACUUUAUUCCUUUCCCCUCGUCCCAUCCCAAAUCCUUAUCCAGACCCCCUUCCAAGUGCUAUAUAGUCGUUAUGACUUGGCGCUUUCCCCUGAUAGUUCCCUCCUCAGCCAGUUAACGCAUUCUUUUUUUUUUGUUUUCCAGUUCAUAUAACUUCCUUAACCCCCCCCCCUUUCCCCCAGUUCCACCAUUUACUUAUCAAUGUAAUCAUUGAGUGCACCGCGCCGUCACGCCCACCUCUCUCCCUGCAGUGUUCCCGGCCUCCCUCCUCCAUUACUCACCCACUGAACUGAGUGGCCCUCACUCCUUAACUAACAGGUUUGAGCUCCCCGUUAAAGUCAGCCCAUUUAUUUUCCCUAGGCCUCAUUAAACCCAUGUCCCGCCCAACCUACUCACGAUUACAUUUUUGUCAACCAACCUGUUUGCUAAUAGUAAAGCCAGACCGCCCUCCGUACUUAUCACUACCCCCGCCCACCCACUACACCCUGUCCCAGAUUACACCCCUCCCACCCACUUCACCCUGCCCCCAGAUUACACCCCGCCCACCCACUACACACCUACAGAGCUCACUAUCUUUUCUGUAUAAUUACACCUUGUACAAAGUAGGUUCAAAGCGAAGGGCUUCACGCUCCUCUCUAAUAUUAGCGAAUGUUGUAUAUAUAUUUAUUUUGUCUUCGCUACAA